AUGACUACAGCCACUUUCACAGGCACUGCCAUGAAAAUUCACAUUUCAGUGGUGGAUCCAGCUUCCAGCACCCUGUCCGGAUACAUUAAUGAUACAACGUUUUUCCAGGGUGAUAUUCUCGGAGAUCGAUGGAACUACGAGAGCAGACGAUGGGGAUGGAACCAAAUUCGAAGCCCAUGGCUCGGCAUAGAUUCGACAGCCACAUACUUGCGACUCAGAGAGGUGUACUCGCUGCGGAAGGGCUCAGAUGCUCAGAAACAGUAUCAUGUCUCACUCAAGAACGGCGUCAUGCGCGUUUCACGCGGAGGGCAAGAGACUGUGCUCUACAGAGACACACACAAUGGUCGGUUUAGAAGUAGGAUCUAA